AGGGGACCGGCGGGCGGAAGGCGCCGCCUCCUGCCCGCCAGGAGGCAGGGAGGCCGGGCCUGGCAGCUCUGCGGCCGGGAGCGAGGCGGCAGUUGGGGCUCCCCCUGCCCAGGUGCGGAGCACGCGGAGCUGCGCAGCACGUGGGACGCGGCGGAGUACCCUGCGGGGAAGGCCUGGUUCCUGCGCCUGGAACCGGCUGUCGCUGAGCCGACCUCCACAAGGGGCGGGCGAGUAGAUGGAAGAUCCCAUGGACCCGGCCUGCUGCCUGAGCCUGAGCUAGGACCACCUCCCAGGGACUACCCAGGCACCCUCUGCUCCGACCCUUCUGCUGGCAAGUCUGGGCAUUUGCAGGCCUCAGAGGAAGGGAGCUGUCAGCCAGACAAAACCAAGAACGCCGUCACCAUGACAACCAGUCACCAGCCUCAGGACAGGUACAAAGCCGUCUGGCUUAUCUUCUUCAUGCUGGGCCUGGGGACACUGCUUCCCUGGAACUUUUUCAUGACAGCCACUCAGUAUUUCACAAACCGCCUGGACCAGUCCCAGAAUGUGUCCUCGGUCACUGAACUGAGCAAGGACAUCCAGACCUUGGCACCCCCCACAGCACCCUCUCCAGAGCGGAAUUCUCUCAGUGCCAUCUUCAACAAUGUCAUGACCUUAUGUGCCAUGCUGCCCCUGCUGGUCUUCACCUGCCUUAACUCCUUCCUGCAUCAGAGGAUCCCUCAGGCUGUUCGGAUCCUGGGCAGCCUGGUGGCCAUCCUGCUGGUGUUCCUGUUCACUGCCAUCCUGGUGAAGGUGCACCUGGAUGCUCUGUCCUUCUUUGUCAUCACCAUGAUCAAGAUCAUGCUCAUUAAUUCGUUCGGUGCCAUCCUGCAGGGCAGCCUCUUCGGUCUGGCAGGCCUCUUGCCAGCCAGCUACACGGCUCCCAUCAUGAGUGGCCAGGGCCUGGCAGGCCUCUUCGCCUCGGUGGCCAUGAUCUGUGCCAUUGCCAGUGGCUCGGAGCUGUCAACAAGUGCCUUCGGCUAUUUUAUCACAGCCUGUGUGGUUAUUAUUUUGACCAUCAUCUGUUACCUGGGCCUGCCCCGAUUGGAAUUCUACCGCUACUAUCAGCAGCUCAAGCUCGAAGGGCCAGGGGAGCAGGAGACCAAGUUGGACCUCAUUAGUAAAGGAGAGGAGCCAAGAGCAGGCAAAGGGGAGUCCGAAGUUUCAGCCCCCAACUCUAAGCCCACCAACAAAAGCCACUCUAUCCGAGCCAUCCUCAAAAACAUCUUAGUCCCGGCUCUCUCCGUCUGCUUCGUCUUCACGAUCACUAUUGGGAUGUUUCCCGCCGUGGCCGCUGAGGUCAAGUCCAGCAUUGCGGGCACCAGCGCCUGGGGAAACUACUUCAUUCCUGUGUCUUGUUUCUUGAUUUUCAAUAUCUUUGACUGGCUGGGCCGGAGCCUCACAGCCUUGACCAUGUGGCCUGGAAAGGACAGCCGCUGGCUGCCAACCCUGGUGCUGGCCCGGCUGGUGUUCGUGCCCCUGCUGCUGCUGUGCAACGUCCAGCCACGCCGCUACCUGUCUGUGGUCUUUGAGCACGAUGCCUGGUACAUCUUCUUCAUGGCUGCCUUCGCCUUCUCCAACGGGUACCUUGCCAGUCUCUGCAUGUGCUUCGGGCCCAAGAAGGUGAAGCCGGCUGAGGCAGAGACGGCUGGAGCCAUCAUGGCCUUCUUUCUGUCUCUCGGCCUGGCGCUGGGGGCUGUCUUCUCCUUCCUGUUCCGGGCAAUUGUGUGACCGUGGAUGGACAGAAGGACUGCACUGGCUGCCUGCUUCUACCCCCUUCCUUCUCCUUCAGGGAUGGGUAGGGGUGGUCUGGAGGUUUUCUCUUCUAGCCAACUUCUGCUUUCUCACGGCCUGUGCUGGGCCCGGUGUCCGGGCCCUGAGGAUGGAGCCUCUGUGCAUGGACAGUGGGUACAUUGUGGGCCUGAGUGAGGGUCAGAGUCGAGGGAGGGGAUGCAGGCUCUGCAUCUGCUCCAGUCUCCCACACUUGGCUGUGACUGAGCCCUGCUUGAGCAGGGCAGCAGAGGCUGAGUGUGUAUGUGUGUGUCUGUCUGUCUGUUCGUCUGCCUGUUCCAGGGGUGGCCAGGGGCCAGGACUAUCUGUUCUAAGGUCCUGUCUGAUAUUUCCACCCCUCUUCUCCCUGGGUGCCUCCUCCCCCCACCUCUCCAUGUCCCUCCCCCAUUUCCCCUGCCUUGUUCCUACCCAUAAUCCGCCCUGUGCAGUUGCUAUUUUACUGCCUUUUUUAUACUCAACAGAAACCAGGUGCCUUCAGAGGCUCUCUGAUUAAAUAAACCAUUUUUUUUUUCCUC